AUGAAGAAUAUGAUGAACAACUGUAGAGUUGGUCCGAUGAAGAGGCUGGCUAUGAAGCACCACCAUGGUCUGGAGAUGACUAUUCAAGUUCUGAAUUUGAAGAUGAACCAGACGGUGAAGCUUUUAAACCAAAGCCACCAGACUAUGAAGAAAGUGAUUCACAAUUCAGUGGAGAAGAAACAAAGCAGUAUGAUGAAGAAACUUAGCACCAUGAGAUUGAAUCCGAAGCUGGAGAAGCAUGGAAUGAAAGAACUGAUUCCGAAAUCAGUUAUGAAACUAAACCAGAGUGUGAGGAAGAAGAGGAAGUCCACAACGAUUCAGCAACCAACUAUGGAGAAGAUUAUGAACAUGAAGAGGCUAAAUUGUUUGAUGAAAAACCAUGGGAUGACGAAGCUGCUGCAGAAGAUAGUUAUGCAAUGA